AUCAGUUAAGAAGGGAACUGCAGGUGGUCCUUCCUCCAUGUAAAUGAAAUCCCCUCUUGGUUCGAAGAUGUACUUUGAUUUCUCUACCUUCCCAGUUCGAGAUGUGAGAUAAUGGGGAAACAAAUAUGUAAUUGAUUAAGUUAUUUUACUUUCUCGCUUUCAACCCAAUUUGCUUAUAGAUUCAGAUUUUUGGAAUGAGGAGACGGAUUUUGAAUCGUGUUGAUUGAGAAGUUGAGAAGAUUAUAUAGCCCCUCUUAACUUUCACUUGGUUCCGUCACUGCUUCUAACUCGAUCUGGUUGAUGUGUGUAUUUGAUUUCGGUUAUACAUUUUUUUCGAAGGAGGGAAUUUCUUGAGUACCCAAGAACCAAGAGUUCCAUUACAACUUGGAAGUACAAAUUUUUAGAUCUAAUUUUGCUUAUGUUUUUAAAGUUGAGGGGGUUCUAGCUAGCCCUUCCUAUCUUCCACGGAUCUUUGUCAUUGCUAGAGUUGGCAAAAAUAACCAAGAGAUCGAUUGCCCGCUUGAAUCCAAACCGCGGUAACACGCGGGCAAAAGUCGAGAUGACCGAAUUAGUGUAAAAUCCGAUUACAAAAUAAUCGAAUACGAGCAGGGUAUGAAUUUCAUGCUAUCCGUCCCGCGAAACCAUACCCGUACCUGCCCAUAAAUAAAUUUACUCCAAACUCAACGUUUGCUACCCGGUACCCACUAAUCUGAACCCCCCAAUAUUCUAAUUAAUAUAAAACAACUUAAAUGUACGAAUUUACAUCUAAUUUUUUUUUACCUACAUUUUCCAAAUUAUGAGAGUUAUUAACCCCUCCUAUCUUCUACAUAGUUUCGUCAUUACUUCUUCUAGCCUUGGUUAAUGUGUGUGCUUGAGUUCCAUUACAAAGUUACAAUUGAAAUGUUAGCCAACUAGCUUAGGAAAAAGGAAAACAAAAUGGAAGAGGCAUUUGUAUUUGUUAGUAUAGUUCGAGAAGUAGGGGAUUUUGAGAAUAAAUGAGAUGAAUGAGCCAAAUUCUAGCACCGAUCGAGUUGUCAACUUCGGAGCACCGAAAAUGAACAUAUGGGCCAAAAGUGGGCGGUUGAUGAUAAAAGAUUUUGCUUCAAUAAAAACUUGGCCGGGUUUGGAGUGAAAAUGAGAGGUCCUCGAUGGAGAGUGCAUUGGUGGGGAUGUGAAUGAUGACAAUGCCCGUCGGUAGCAUGUGCCGAAAGGGAGAAGUUAGGACGAUAACUCUUAAAACAAACGUUGUUAAUAUAUAGUUGAAUUGAUCUGAUUUAUACGAGAAAUAAAGAUAAUUUAAUUUACCCUCUCGCGUAUAUGAUGAGUAUACUACUAGUAUGUAGCGUCGUGAGGUUGGCCCAGAGACGGGUGAACCAUGGUUUGGGAAAUGGUUUGAUGACCGAAGUUUUUCGAUAGUGCAAAAUGAAGUAUUGAAGUUGUCUUUCGAAACUCUCGAUCAGUGAACAAAAUACAACGUUACACGUGAAAACAUCUUAGAUUGUCAAGAUUAGUAAAGCAAAACUUUAGCUUUCUAGUUCAGGCGCUCUUAAGUUUGCUUAAGCAAUUUUGCAAACCGAUAAACAAAUACGAAAAUCAAGAAAGGCAGAAAAGCCCGAAUAAGGAUAUGGAACAAGGCUUAGGCCGGGCCAUCUGAAUUGUUACAUUGCAUUUCGUGCUUUCGGCCCAAUUCUCAAUGGGCUCAGGAGCUGGGUUUGAGUUGGUCUUUUAGUUUUCGUAACUGUAUGGGCCCAAUAACCCAUUCAUUGAGUCAACAGGUUCUCCAUGUGAACCUGAUAGAGAGGUAAAAAAAAGGGUUUGAGCAUAAUACUCAAAAUAAAGUGAGGAUAUUACACUUACUAGUGAUGGACCUAAUAAUCAUAUUUUUGUAUAAUGGUUAUAUAACUUUUUUUUUUAUUGUGGUUAGGUACUAAUUACAAGAUUAGAAUUUGAGUUCUUCAAGUUCAAAACUAAUGUUAUUACUAAAUCAUGUAUUUAAAAUAUUUCUUUAACAGAAUCUAUACUUAUCAAAUAAAAAAUGAAUUUAUCUUUUUUUUACUUAAAUUUUAGAACUCUUCAACUUAAAUUUCAGUUACUUAAAUUACUAAGAUAUUUUUCUUAAAUUAUUAAGAUGAUCCAUUGAUUGCUGAAGUUCUAGCUCUUCGGGAGGCUAUUCUUUGGUGUCGGGAUUCCGGGUUUGUGGAGGUGCGCUUUGAAGGAGAUGCUAAGGUGAUUAUUGAUAAGAUCAACCAGUCGGAUAUUAGGAUAGCCGAAUUGGGGCACUUCUGGCAGAAAUUGCAGGUGUUUUGGAGUCGCUGGGAGGUUUCUCUGUGCGGUUUGUAGGUCGGCGGAGUAAUAGGAUAGCCCACUUGGUUGCUAAAACGACCCUUCAUUUGUACCCCGACUGCGAGUCGUUAUUUUGAUUUUCUAGCUUGGUUAAAUUCCAGGAUGUAACUAUCUAUAUUUUUUUAUCAAUAUAUUGAUUAUCUUUUGUAAUAAAAAAAAGGAAACAAACGCACCGGUUGAUGAGUUGCAAAGUUGCUAAUAGGAAUGGCAAUGGGGCAGGUCCUGGGCGGGUAUCUCGAUACCCAUACCCGCCCCAUGGCAGGUCGGCUCCAGGUCGGGUAAUUUAUUACGGGACGCGUAUCGGGGCAGGUCGACCCAAUGGGUAUGUAAUUUAUGUCAAAAACAUUAGAAAUAUUAGUUAUUUUCAUUAAAAAAACCAAGAAAGAUGUUUUCACUUAAUUACAACUUUAUUAUAGCUAAAAUAUAAUGUAAUAAGAGGAGAAUACUAAGUAAUUUGACUAAGAUUACAUGUAAUUUAGUUAAGAACGAGUCAAAAAUAGGACGGGUCGAUGAGAGAUACCCAUGCCCGUCCCGUCCCGCCCCGCCUACAGUGCGGGUCUGACCCGCUCAAAACAGACCAAACAGGUCGUAUAAAUCAGAUCAUCUCGAAAUUGCUUGCUAACCAUGAAACCAACCACCAUCAAAUGAUAGUGGAAAACAAACCAACAGACAAAAUCUCGUAAGAAUCUCCAAGUCCAGGGGCAUUUCCGUACUCCAAUCUUCUUUAAAACCCCUUCUCCUCCUCCCUCUAAUCUCCUCCCACUUCCGCCGACUAAUCCGGCUCUCUCUCUCCCAACCGUUAGUAAAACAAACAGAUUAUUCUCUCUCUCUCUCUCUCUCUUUUAUCUAAUUGGACCCAACCACAGCUUUAUUCUUUUUCAUCGGCCUUCUUUUUCUCAUCUUCUUGGCGGAGGAGCGAAAUUGCAAUGCCGAAAUCCAACAAAAUCCGCCACAUCGUAAGAAUCAAGCAGAUGCUUAAGCAAUGGCGCAGGAAGGCCCGAGCCAACGCCUCCUCCUCCUCGAAUUCAUCACCGUCGAGAACCGCCGCCGCGGCUCCAUCCGACGUCCCGGCGGGCCACGUCGCCGUCUGCGUCGGCGCGAGCUGCCGGAGAUUCGUCGUCCGGGCGACGCACCUGAACCAUCCGAUCUUCAAUCGCGUCCUGGCGCAGGCCGAGGAGGAGUUCGGUUUCGCCAACGCCGGCCCGCUGCGGAUCCCCUGCGACGAAUCGGAGUUCGAGGAGGUUCUGAAACUGGUGUCCAGAUCUGAUUCGAUCAGGAGGUUUUUGCGUUUGGGGGAGAUUCAGCGGUGCGCUCACUCCUGUCUCGUCGGGAGGAAUAGUAACGGGGAGUUUGUCGGCGGUGAGUCGCGGCCUCUGCUCCGUGGUUGAUGAUCGAUCGGCGGUGGUCGGAUGGAUUAGCUAGGGUGCUAACGAGCUGGCUCACUGAGUCGAGAAUGGUGAACUCAGUGAGUGGGCGAGCUGAGUUUAGGGAUGUUUUCUUCCCCUUUUUUUUUAUACUGUUCAAAACAGUGUAUUAGCUUGUUAGGUAUCUUUCUCAAUAUUUUUUCAAGUUUGGGAAGUGAAUUAGAAGGAGGAAAAUCUGAAAUUUGAUUAAAUUGUUAUUAUUGUUUAACAAAAUUAGUAAUGUAGUAAUUCUUAUUGCUUGCACUUGCACUAUUAUAAUUAAUUAUUGUUUCUCCAAUUGUUCAAUUUUUUCCAUCUAAGUUGUAACAAACAAUACCUUUUAUGACGGGAACUUACCUGAUGUGUGUUGAGAGAUUCUGAUGCGAAAUUAAACUCGAAAAUACAUCGUAUCAAUCUCAUAGCUUAUUAACUUAGCACGUUAUGUGGAUCUAAAUAAUACUUCUUCCAAAUGUAAGCAUAAUGGUAUAAUUUCAGGAUUGAAAUGUUAAAAAGAGGAAGCUCUCUCUUGAUAUUAUCCAUAUCCACAAAUACUGCCUAAGGACGACGAUGUGGAUGAUGGAAUUUAUGUCGAAGAAAUGGUGUUGGAUUCGCCGGUCGGUGCUAAACAAAAGACAGCGGUUGAGAAUCGAGACUGAUCAAAACAUAAAAAUCGCAUUGGAAAAUGAUAGCCGAUCGUAAAAUACGAGAAGUAGUGAGCAAAAUAUUGGAUACGACGAAUUGCUAUAGAGGCAGAUGUCACCGUUACAAAAUUAGUUACCGUCUCAACUUCGUUUCUACAUAGAAGUAGAAUUUCUAAGUAUUAUCUAGUGAAAUAUUGACCAAAUUAUCCAGCAGCGAGAGACUCUUGUCUUGUAAAAUAGUGACAACCUAGCUAGAGACCAAGUUAUUCCCAUCGUAUUCGUAUGGUUAAUCGUAUGCAUGCAUUAUAUAACAAAACAUUAUCUAAGCCGUAAAUUAACGAAGUUUGAGACAUGAUACUACACCAUAGAUCCUACCGAUCAGUAAAAUUUAAGCUACGCGCUUCUCUAAAUCCUACAAUAUAAGAUCAAUUUAAUUAGAAACUACGACCGAGAUUCUAAUUCGUCGCGAGACCUAGAGAAAUAUGACAUAGAAUUCACUCAAUAAAGGUUCCAGUAGAGUAAAAUGUCCCAAAAUCCAGUUAAUCUAAUAUCUUAUAAAUCAUUUUCUAACUAAUGGCACCCUAGAUUUACUCUGUGUCAUAGAUUAAGCCACACUAUUUAUAAUCUUAAUUAAUAACCUUCAUUUGUUAAUUGUUUUCUCAUCCCAAUAUUCCAGUACUUCUUUGAUACGAAUCUUGAUACUGUUUAAUCUGAGGGGACAUUGUUUGCUGCAACUGCAAGUCUCUCAGUCACCUUCUCUUGAUCAGUUCUUACAUGUUGAUUAGUUCAGUUGAGUUCAGUUUCAAUUUCCAGGUCCAAUAUAUUCCCCUUCUACUUCAACCAACAUUGAUAUCUCUUCACGAUCUCUGCUUCAGAUUCCAAAUGUCGAUCGUUUAUGCUCCAAAACCUAAUUAAUUCUUUCUUUCAAUCCCUAGUUUGAUAUCUUCAAAAUUUGCUUCCCAGUUAUGUAUCCCACGUUAUAUAACAUCCAUGGGACAAAAUAUUCCCUUUUAAUAAUUAAUUAGGGUAUUCAUCGUUCGAAAAUUGUAUUCUUGGUUUAACUCGUUUUGUGGGUAAUCGCACCGGAUCGCAAAUUGUAUUCUUGGUUUAACUCGUCAUAGGCGGGGGCCGUGAGGACAUGAACUUUUGACUAUGUCACAUGACACGUGUAAGUUUUUGUUUUAAUUUUUUUCUUCUAUUUAUGCUUAUGCAAGGGAUCAAAUAAUUAGCGCCUUAACAA